AUGUUUUGCUCCAAGAAAAUAAUUUUCUCAACUUGCAAACAAACAACAAAAAAUCUUUACAGGCAUGCAUAAACAUGUUUCUGCUUCCCAGGAUACACACAGUCAGAAUCUUUAAAAACUUGAGGGCACUGUGGGAACUGGCUCCUCAGAGAAUUAAUCUUUACACAUCAUACGACCUGAGUCUGCUGGGAGCACUUGAAAUAUAAGAUGUCAAGAAUGUUAAUGGAGCCAGACCAUAGUCUUUCAGUCUAACAGGUAAGAUGUAAGAAGUGAGAGGUAAGACAAUAUGUAACAUGCAGGACAAAAUAAUCAUUCCGAUAUUUUGUGGAAUAUCACUUGAUUUGCUAAACGUUUGUCUCCUUUCUUUUGUAUAACUACAUCAGUGAAGUGUUAUUUAUUUCAUGACUCUUGUCUAAUUUUACUUCCAGAUUUCUUGGUUUUAUUCCUCUCUAAGGGCUGUUUCUGUGUACAGGUGACAAUGAUAUACACUAAUAUUACAACUAUAAAAGACUUCAUUAUCACUGGAUUCCCUGGACUUCCACCUGAGUAUUAUGGACUCGUGUCUGUUCCCUUUCUCCUCAUUUUCCUGGCUAUUGUCGUGGGAAAUGCUUUCAUUUUAGCCAUUAUUUCAUAUGAACAGUCUCUUCACAAACCAACAUACUUGAUUAUUUUUCAGCUUGCAAUGACAGACAUCACAUUUGGCAUUGUGACUGUUCCAAAAAUCAUUGCCAGAUAUUGGUGGGAUGACAUGAAAUCUUCCUUUGGAGCCUGCUUUACACAAAUGUAUUUUGUGCAUUCUUUGGGAGCUAUUAAUUCUUCAAUUUUGAUGAUUAUGGCUUUAGAUCGCUUUGUUGCCAUAAAGCUUCCUUUCCGAUAUCCUGUUUUGAUUACAAACAAAACAGUUUGUAUUGCUGGUAGCCUGUGCUGCGCAGUGACAUUUAUACGCAUGCUGGGGCUUGUGCUCCAUGCAUUAACUUUGCCUUACUGCAACCUAAAUAUCAUCGCACAGUGUUACUGUGAUCAUAUAUCAAUAACUCAAUUAGGAUGUGGUGAAAAUGUUGUAUAUGUUAAAUAUGUUGCACUUGUAAAUUCUAUGCUCAGUCUCUUGGGUCCUUUAGUAGUCAUCAUUUUGUCUUACUUUUUUAUUAUCAUAGCUGCUCUGAAAACGCCUCAUACUGUGAGCCGUCACAAAGUCCUGUCCACCUGUGCACCUCAGAUCUUUAUUACCUGCCUUUAUUAUGUGCCGAGAUGCUUUGUUUAUCUUGCUAACAACUUGGGAUUCAGCUUCAGAACUGAUACUCGUAUUAUUAUUACAGUGAUAUACAGCCUCAUACCUUGUGCAGUUAAUCCACUGAUAUACUGUCUCAAGACUAAGGACAUUAAAGAGGUUUUGAUGCGAAGAUUUAGUAGAAAAGUAAGAAUUUCAAAUUGACUACAAAUACAGCAUUAAGUAACUUCAUGGGUUGUAGGAAAACACAUAGUAUAUGCUGUUUGUCAUUUAUUUAUUUAUGUAUCUGGUACAAUCCUAACAGACUUUUAAUAUUAAUAUAGUGCACAUCAUCAUAGACUCUUAACUCCGGGACUAAAAAGUAAAAGUGAAAUUUAAGGUCGACUAAAAAUUUUGUAUUCUUACAUUUUAGAUUCUCUAUUUAUUACCAGGCCCAAACUAAAUUUGCGCCCACAGAUUUUUGAUGACAGUUCCACUACUCCCCCCCACCCCCUCCUUAUUUUACAUGGUGGUCAGUCAGUAGCCAACAUCUAAAGAAAUUGAACUUUCUUUAUCAGUGGACACGUGUCCUUAAAUUUAUGGUUAUUUUAGGUUGCUUUAAUGCAUUUUGUGCCUACCUUUGCUCAAAAAAUAAUGGUUGUUGGCUAAAUGAAUACUUUCUUGUACAUUACAAGCAAAAAAAAAUAUAUAUA